AUGGCUCUGAGUGGAAAUUGCAGGAGUUACCAUCUUUCAAAGGAACAAGGGACAGUUCCCAACUCCUUCCCUGAGGUUGUGGAACUAAAUGUUGGGGGCCAAGUUUAUUUCACUCGACAUUCCACCUUAGUAAGUAUCCCUCACUCUCUGCUGUGGAAAAUGUUUUCCCCCAAGAGAGACAGUGCUAAUGAACUAGCCAAGGACUCCAAAGGAAGAUUCUUCAUUGACAGAGAUGGAUUCUUGUUUCGCUACAUUCUGGACUAUCUCAGGGAUAGGCAGGUGGUCCUGCCUGAUCACUUUCCGGAAAGGGGCAGACUGAAAAGGGAAGCUGAGUAUUUCCAGCUGCCAGAUUUGGUCAAACUCUUGACACCUGAUGAGAUCAAGCAAAGCCCAGAUGAAUACUGCCAUAGUGAUUUUGAGGAUAUGUCCCAAGGGAGUGACACGAGAAUAUGUCCACCUUCAUCCCUGCUCCCUGCUGACCGUAAGUGGGGCUUCAUAACUGUUGGCUAUCGAGGUUCAUGUACCAUGGGCCGAGAGGGUCAAGCAGAUGCCAAGUUUCGCAGAGUCCCACGUAUUUUGGUUUGUGGAAGAAUUUCCCUAGCAAAAGAGGUCUUUGGAGAAACUUUAAAUGAGAGCAGAGAUCCAGAUCGUGCUCCAGAGAGAUACACUUCCAGAUUUUAUCUCAAAUUCAAACAUCUGGAAAGGGCUUUUGAUAUGUUGUCAGAGUGUGGAUUCCACAUGGUGGCCUGUAAUUCCUCAGUGACAGCUUCUUUUGUCAAUCAGUACACAGAUGACAAGAUCUGGUCCAGCUACACUGAAUAUGUCUUCUACCGUGAACCUUCCAGGUGGUCUUCUUCGCACUGUGACUGCUGUUGCAAAAAUGGCAAGGGUGACAAAGAAGGGGAGAGUGGCACCUCGUGCAAUGAACUCUCCACCUCUAGCUGUGACAGCCAGUCAGAAGCCAGCUCCCCACAGGAGACUGUCAUCUGUGGGCCUGUGACUCGCCAGCCCAACAUCCAGACUCUGGACAGGCCCAUCAAGAAGGGCCCUGUGCAGCUGAUCCAGCAGUCAGAGAUGCGUCGGAAAAGCGACUUGCUUCGGACUCUGACCACUGGCUCCAGGGAGUCUAACUCGGGCAAAAAAAAAGCUGUGAAGGAAAAGCUCUCCAUUGAGGAAGAGCUAGAAAAAUGCAUCCAGGAUUUUCUGAAGAUCAAAAUUCCAGAUAGGUUCCCAGAAAGGAAACACCCUUGGCAAUCUGAACUAUUAAGAAAGUACCAUCUAUAGGAGAAGUUUGGAGGGUGGGGAAAAACACACACUUUAUCAUUUCCAAAUAAACAUCAUACACAACAAUGUUCAUAUUUUAAGAGGAAAAAACAAAUUAAGAAUGUUUUAGGCCACAACAGUUCAUUGAUCUUGUACUGCCUAAUUUGCCUAAUUCACCUUCUCAUGUAAAGUCACAGGGUAAUUGAUUUUUUUUUUCCAGAUGUGGAAGCACAAUGAAAAUGCUAUUUGUUUGUGAGUUCUAGAAUACACACUAAAAAUAUUACACAUGGGACAUGGUUACAGCAGCAACUGAGAGAACCUGAUGUUCAUCUAUUCCAAGCCAAGUGUUCCUCAUUUUUCCCCCAGUGGAAAGGGCCACUGAAUGGGAAGAUGAAGGACAAAGGGUUUGCCUGAUGAUACACUUGGAAUUUUUAAUUUUGCUUUUAACUUUGUUUAAGGGGAAAAGGAAGGGGCUUUUUGGACUUUUUACUUAAACCUAUGCUAUCCAGUUUAUAUUAGCUAUGUCAUUUGUACAUGUUUAUUUGUAUGUGUGUAUGUACAUGCGUGCACAUUGGUACAUACACACACACACAUACACACACACACAUAUAUAUAUAUUAUACAUGCUUCAUAGAAUUCAAGGUUAGGGAAUGUCUGUGAGGUCACAAUCUAAUCCCCUGCUCCUGAUGGGACCUUUCACUCUUUAAUGUUGAAAAUCUAUCCAAUUUUUAAAUGCUUUUCGAAGAAAGAUAUUUCAUAUCCUUUCUUGGUAUACUAUUUCAGUGGUGAAUGAACCUGAUCAGUAAUUAAUCCCUCUUGAUUUACAAACUAAUUCCCACCUCAAUCCUGGGCUGAAAUUAUUUUCUACAUUGGUGGAUGGAGGGAAGAAAGCUGGUGAUCUUUAUUUGUGUAAGAGCCUUUUGUAGACUUGAAGACUAUUAUCAAAUUACACCUUAACCUCUUUGAUAGGAGAAUGUAGACCUAAUUUCCACAACCUUCAGACAUCUUUGAGGCCUUUAUACUAAAAGUACUUCUAGCUCUCCAAAUCCCUCUUUGGUGGUAGGACCAAGAACUGAGAAUGGCACCAUCCUCAGAAGGUCUUCACCACUGCUGAUAUAAUAGAGGAACUGAAGUUAAGUGUCCCUAUAUGCUUUAUUUUUCCUGAAUCCUAUGACAUGUUUAUGGUUCUUUAAAAAAAAAAAACUACAGUGCUACACUGCUGACAAAGUCACUUUGGUGUCUUUUGUUCGCCUUUGAAAUGUGAAGAUUUGGCUAUGCCUGCACUCUUAGCAAGGGUCCUGUUGAUGUUACCUAUGUAGAGAGCAAAAAAAUUGAGAUUCCUGAAUGGAUUUUGGUUCACUGGCCUAAAUAUCUGUAUUCAAUUAACUAGACUGCUAUCAGAGAUCAAGAUCACUGGGUUUUGCCUACACACAGUUGAGAAUUAACUAUUGGUAGCUAUCCUUGUAAUCUUAUUUGCUGUGGAUGCUCCAUUACCUCUGACAAGUUUAGGAUUGUGGUAUUGAAGACUCUUUGCUCUUUCUCUUAGGUACAAUACAUGGAUUUCAGUGGGAAUGGGAAAGGAUAUUUCAUUGUCAAUCAUUAACUUGGACCAAGUGGAAAACUUUGAAAAAAUGGAAAGAAAUGCAUGUGUGUGUCAAGGAAGGAAUUUGGUUGUUAGUAGGACCAGAACACAAUGAUUAAUGUAUUAGUUGUUUCUGUUUACACAUCCAUCCCAAAGCUAAUUGUUUAAGAGGUUUUGUUUCAAUUUUAGUCACUAGCAACUGAUUGUCUGAAGUCCCACAAGACUUACAUUUCACAAUGAUCAUAACCUGUCAAAAUUUUUAUAUGUUGGCAUCUCUAAUUAAGGGCUAAAUGUUUUAUUGAAAGGCUGUGAGAACUGAGAUGUCGACAGUACCAUUCAUUGAUUUGCUACGUGUUCUUCUCCACUAUGUACAGUAGUGGAUCAGUUAUAAGCUAUAACCUACCUUUAUUCAGUCUUUUCAUUAAUUCUAUUCAGAAUGACUUCUUUUUUCAAUGUCAGUGAACAUCAGAUUAAAACAUAAUUAUCUAAAUAACUGAGGAUUCAGGGAAGAAUCAGAUUUUAAUGAAUUAAGAGAGAAUGUAUAAGGGAAAGACCAUCCUAAAGCCCACUGUGAUAAGAUUCUUAAGGCCUCUCCAACAAUGCUGUCAAAUAAUUCUGGGUCAAAAAUGUGCAUUGAUUCCAGCACUCUUUUCAAUCAUAUCCAAUUAAAUUGUCAACAAGGCGUACUUUGAAGCCUCAAAUAACUGGCAUGAGAAGGAGAGUUGGAGGGGCAGGCAACCCCUAACUUCUGCUGCAUACUUUUAAAGAGGAAAUUAAAUGUUGCAAUGUAACUUCAUAUGAAAUCACAGUUUCUUUUCAUCCUGUUUACCUAAUAAGUUGGCAAUGAUACCUGUUGUUCACAUCUUCUUUUUAGCUCCAGUCGUAGGAAGGAAACCACCGGUUAGAAAACACACACACACA